AAUGGGGUAAACAUUGUCUGUCUGUCUGUCUGUCUGUCAUUGUUUUUGGGGCAAAACAAAAUACACGGUGUAACUGUUGUUCGAGUUGAUACGCGCCAUUAGUUGAUCCGCGCGCGCGCCGGUAAUUAGUUAGUUUAGUUACUCGCACUGAAGCUGACUGAAAUCGCGCACUUUCACCGGUGUGACGUCUCCGCUCUUCCCAGCAGGUCUCUCUGUUCUGCCGAACUUUGCUGUUAUCGAUUUGUUAACAUUCGACGUUUGUUUGUUGUUUUUUUUUGCUUUUGUUUGUUUGUGUAGAUCACAAUGUGUUGAUUUUUUCCAAGGAUUUGUGUUUUGCUUUUACAAAAUUCAUGCCUGAGAAACUAUAAACCUUAUAAUAAAACUAAAUUAUAUGUAAGCUUCAAAAGAGUGUGUGCAGAUUGUCGCAAAUUAACAAAUAAAAGUUACUCGUAAAUUGAUUGCAUAAGAAAUGGAAAAUAUGAGAAACGAGGAUGAGGUCGGGGAGCAGAGCAGCGAGCAGCGGCGUCGCAUUGCGCCUCGGUUAUCGCAAGUGGGCCGUGCUUUCUCCGAGAUGUCGCCGCUGAAUCCCGCCUCCACUUCGCCUACGUGCCGUGGUGGCACCUCAGCUAUCCCGGGCGCUAUCGUACAUUUUCGUCGGGACUCUGGCCACUAUGGCAGUAUCUUUCCCUUCGGCUUUCUACGUAAUUCACUACAAAAGACCGGAACCUCUAUACAGCAUCUCAAUCGCUACGGAGAUUCUAUGGGUUCACUAGCACAUCGAGCGCUCCUACAAUAUGUGGAUACUAAUGACCUAUCUGGUUUGCGCGCUAUCUUAGAUAGUCGGCAUUUAUCCGUCGAUGAUCGUGAUGAGAAUGGCACCACUGGACUUAUGGUUGUUGCUGGACGUGGCUUAACUGUUUUUGUGCGCGAAUUCUUGGCUCGCGGCGCAGAUGUCCAAGCUGAGGACAAUGACAACUGGACCGCACUGCUGUGCGCGGCCAAGAAUGGCCACUUCGAUAUCGUACAGCUGCUUAUCGAUCAUGGUGCUGACAUUGAGCAUCGUGAUAUGGGCGGUUGGACGGCACUAAUGUGGGCUGCAUAUCGUGGUCACACCGAUCUGGUGCGCUUUCUGCUAGAGAAAGGCGCAGAUGUGAAUGUACAUGGCAAUUACCAUCUGGGUCCCCUUCUGUGGGCAGCUGGUCGUGGGUUUAAGGAGAUCGUUGAGCUCUUGGUGCAGCGCGGUGCUAAAGUGAAUGUGGGCGACAAGUAUGGCACGACUGCGCUUGUGUGGGCAUGCCGCAAAGGUAAUGCUGAGAUUGUCGAUACGCUGCUGAAAGCCGGGGCUAAUGUCGACACGGCGGGCAUGUAUUCGUGGACGCCGCUGCUGGUGGCCACUUCAGGCGGACAUACUGACUGCGUGACGUCGCUGCUGGAGAAGCGACCAAAUGUGAAUGCAUUGGACAAAGAUGGCAUGACGGCGUUGGCCAUUGCGAGUCGCGAGGGCUUCCAGGAAAUAUGCGCUUCUCUAAUCGCUGCUGGCGCCUAUAUCAACAUUCAAGAUCGCGCUGGCGACACGCCCCUCAUACACGCCGUGAAGGGUGGCCAUCGAGGUGUUGUUGAGGCAUUACUAAAAAAACACGCUGACGUCGAUAUUCAAGGCAAAGACCGCAAAACGGCUAUCUACACGGCGGUGGAGAAGGGCCAUGUGCACAUCGUCAAAAUACUCCUCUCCACCAAUCCCGAUCUCGAGGCGGCGACCAAAGACGGCGACACUGCUUUGCUGCGCGCAGUACGCAACCGCAAUUUGGAAAUCGUACAAAUGCUGCUCGAUCGCAAAGCGAAGGUGACGGCGAGCGACAAACGCGGCGACACCUGUCUACACAUUGCCAUGCGCGCUCGGUCCAAGGCGAUCGUUGAGGCAUUGCUGCGCAACCCGAAGAACAGUCAGCUGUUGUAUAGAGCAAAUAAGGCCGGCGAGACCCCAUACAACAUCGAUACCAUACACCAGAAGACCAUACUCGGACAGGUGUUUGGGGCGCGGCGCUUGAACACAAAUGAAGACUCUGAAGGCAUGCUCGGCUACGAGCUGUACUCAUCUGCUUUGGCCGAUGUACUGAGCGAACCAACACUGACCACGCCCAUCACAGUGGGUCUGUACGCCAAGUGGGGCAGCGGUAAGAGUUUCCUGCUAAACAAGCUGCGCGAUGAGAUGAACAACUUCGCACGCCAGUGGGCGGAGCCGCCCUUCAAGACUAGCGGUCUAAUGUUUCUUGUAAACCUGCACAUAGCGCUGGUGCUUGCCACCAUUGUCGGCUUGUCGUCCUGGUCUGCCAUGUGGGGCGCAAUAGCAGCGGUGCUAUACCUAGUUUUAACCUACCUCCUGCUCGCCAGUAUUAAGUACGCUAACAACCACAUGGACGUCUAUUGGGCCUAUUCGGUGCAACAUGGUAUUAAGAAGCGCAUAGGACGCCUGCGUCUCAUCCUACAGGUGGCGUUUUGUCACCCACCAGGUGCGCAAGCAGACGCCCAAGCGAAGCCGGUACGUUUUCACUUUGCGGAGGCGAGCAGCGCAUCGCCGACAGGAGAGGGCGCCGUUACGCAUAUGUUGGCCGCACUUUUCGAGGCCAUCGAGUCGCACUAUGGCUGGCUAUCGACACGCUUGUAUCGGGCCUUUCGGCCCAAAGCGGUGAAGGCGACAUCUGGUUGGCGUUGGCGGCGCAUGUGCUGUAUGCCAAUUGUGAUUAUCUUCGAACUGGGUUUGUUAACGCUUAUAACGGGCAUAGCGCUGGUAGUGGCAUACUUUACGUACGCCUCAGAUAAGGAACAAGAACGGAUGCUCGUCUCGAUUUACGUCAUUUGCGCGGUGUUGGUGUCCAUUGUCUGCACGAACUUGCACAUACUGGCCAAGGCGUUUGGGUCGCUGUUCAUUUCGCAGGGUCGGCAUUUGAGGAAGUCGGUGCGGCAUAAUGAGGGUGCGCCACUGACAGCACUGGGAACGGAAGUGGCUCUGAUGACCGACAUGGUUAAGUGCCUCGACGCGUUCACGAACCAACAAAGCCGGCUUGUAGGCGUGGUGGACGCCUUAGACUCCUGCGAUACAGAGCGCAUUCUCUCGGUGCUUAAUGCCAUUCAAACCCUGCUCUCCUCCCCAAAUCGCCCCUUUGUUGUACUCAUCGCCGUCGACCCGCAUGUGAUCGCUAAAGCAGCCGAGGCUAACAGUAGACGUCUCUUCACCGAAGGCGGCAUCGGCGGACACGAUUUUCUGCGUAACCUCAUUCACUUGCCAGUGUAUUUGCAAAACUCGGGCUUAAGGAAAGUGCAACGCGCCCAAAUGACCGCAAUGCUCUUCAAGCGUAAUUACAGCGAAUUUCCCAACGAAGAUGGCCCGACACUGGGACAUUCAGUGUCGGCUCGUCGCUUAUCGAACGCAUCAGAAAUUAUGUCUAGCCAAGAAAAAUUACGUACGUCCCAUAAUCCGGGGCGCAGUGGUGGAAAGAAAUUACGUUUGUCCGAAUCGGUGGCCAGCUCGAUCGGCUCGAACCUGCAUCGGCUGGGACAGAACCCGCAGGGGGUGCUUGAUCUGUCGCGCAUGAUGCUAACCGACGACUACUUCAGUGACGUGAACCCACGCAGCAUGCGGCGACUCAUGAAUGUCAUUUACAUAACGGUGCGCCUGCUGAAAGCAUUCCAGAUAGACUUUAGUUGGUAUCGCUUAAGUUCGUGGAUAAACUUGACAGAACAGUGGCCGCUGCGUGCCAGCAUGAUUGUGUUGCAGCACGACAACUUUAUGGACUCAUAUGACGACAAUUUGCCACUACAAGCUGUCUAUGAAAAAGUGCGCCCAAAGAUUGCUUGUCUACGCGAAGCUGCACCGCUGCUCGAACUCGAUCGGGACGAGCGCAAGCUGGACGCCUUUUUGCAGUUGCAUAAAUCGGAUUUGCUCGUGGCAGAUUUGAGAAUAUUCCUGCCAUUUACAAUUAAUUUAGACCCAUACUUGAGAAAAGUAUUAAAAGAGGAUCAGCAAUCGAUCGAGGACGAAGGCACACUUAUGCUACAAAACAAGCCGAGCGUUAACCCAGCCGUACGCAUACCUCCACCAACGCCUACGUAUGUGCCUUCACCAGCUGCUUAUCCACCGUAUCAGUUGUUCCACAACGAUUACGAGCUGAGACAGCGAAACGCCAGCACGAUCUCCGAAGCGGCUUUGACACCGUUGAUCGGUUCUCCGAGUGAAUCUUUUGCAGAUGACGUUCUACAAACAAAACUUUCCGACCUAACUGUCGAAGGCGUCAUAAGUUUAAUAGAACGAGUCGACGAUCUGCGUCCCGCUUUACCCAAAUUAUCGCCGAUCCUCAAAGAGAACGCAAUCAGCGGGCGAGUACUGAAAUACUGCGAUAUAAGCGACCUAAAAGCAGUUUUAGGACUCAAUUUCGGUCACUGGGAAUUGUUCCGACUGCUUAUAAAUACGCUGCGCGACUGUGAGAAAAUGCAACGCAAAUUCAAGCCAACACCUGCGAUAGCCGAUGUGCCAGCUACUAGCACGGCGGCGCCUAAAGACAACACAGAUUCACAUACGUUGGCACCUAAUCAACCGCAUUCGCGUAAAAAUUCCACCACCAGCCAUAUGGAAAAGCAGGUCACGCUCGAAGAACAAAUGAUUUGUGGCGCACUGCAAACCCUUAACGAGGAGGCUUUCGAGGACGUAGCUAGUAGUGAGCGACCCAGUCCUUCGGGUUUACCUACAGGUGAGAUGUUAGCUGCAGCUGCACAACUGCAAUUAGCGCCCAUACGUGAGUCAUCGGAAUUCGGUUCCCCAUCCGAUGAUCUCAAAUAUAAUCACUUCCUAAAUUAUGCCAACAAUAACAACUGCGGCAAUUUUUCCACA